AGACAAGCAGGCACAACUUAAUUGAUUCAUUGAUUUACUCUUCGGGCAGCCGCCAUUGCCGCCGACAUUUGAUUAUCAAUUGUGAUGAUUAACAGUGAUUGAUCUUAACUUUCAUCAUAUAAACGGCGCAUAUAUUCAGCAAUUCUUCCUUUAUGGUCAACAAGCAUACGCUGACUCAAUACAAUGUCAAACGGCCUAUCGGCCAUCUUCAAUAGUUCGCCCGAAGAUGGUUUCGAAGGAGAAGGAAGUGGAAUUUUGAUGGAUGAUAAUGGUAGAAAUUUAUAUUCAAUCGCAAAGGAUAGCCUUGCAGCUCAACAACAACAACAGCAAGAGCCAACCAAAGCAGGAAGAAAGCAAGGUGUAAGUUGUGAUGCAUGCAAAUUUCGUAAAGUACGAUGUGAUAGAAGAUCAAAAUUAGAAAACAAAGGAAGGGAAGAGGAUGAAAGUCAAAUUGCAUGUUCAGUUUGCUCACAACAUGGUUUACGAUGUACAUUCACACAAUCAGCUCCCAGGAGAAGGCGUGGAAAACGAAUCGUCGCAAUUCAAAGAUCGCAAUUGGAAGAUUUUGAUGAUCAAUCACAAGCAACACCCGAAACUGAUAAUAACAAUCGAGGGGAAUCUUCAAAGUCCGUCACUGACAAAAGAGAAAAAGCAGAACCUCUUUUUGGCUUUGAUGUAGAAAUUACUGAAGAUCAAUAUCAACCAGAUGCUGUUCAACUUGCUGAACGAAUUCGGGCAAGAACGUCAAAAACAUCAGCGCAGCCAAACAAAGCGCUCACAACAGCACAAAGAGGACUUUUUGGUGUUCGUGGUUUGACAAGAGCAUUGCUUGAUUCGUGUGUUCGUCAAUACUUCAAAUAUGCUGCACCAUGUCAACCAAUCUUACAUGUGGAAGUAUUUUCGGCUCGCUAUUCCCUCUUCUUUGCGCUCUUUGAAGAAAAUGAUGGACAAUUACCACUCCCUGUCAAAAGCUUUGAUAUCGCAGAGGGCUCGCCUUUAAGUGUUCUGCUCAUCUUGGCAGUUGGCUGUGUAGGUGCAUCUUUUUUGGAAGCACCCAUAGCAGCCCCAAGAUCACAAGCGAAAUUUCGAUUGCAAGAUCGAAUCGCAUUACGAUUUCAGGAGUUAUUGUACGAGAAAGAAUUGGUCACGCAACUCACCAAUGACGGGACAGAUGUUAUUGAAGCAUGUUAUAUCAUGUCUGAUCCUUCUCUCAAGGUUUUAGGUGAUGAUCCAAAGAAUGCACAAUUCAAUUGGGAAGAAAUCAUUCGUGCUCCUAUUGCCAGUCGUGCAUUGUUGGAUCCCUUACGCACCAGUCCUUCUUCUGCUGAGGCUGUUGUUCGUUUGGUCUUUACAAUGGGAUUGAAUAGACGUCCAAAACCACGAAAAGAUUGUCCAACAGACGAUCCGAGAAAAUGGAUAAGCGGCGGUAUAUUUAUUACGGAAUAUGAAUGUCAAAGAAGGAUGAGAAUUUUUUGGAGUACAUUUAUGCAGGAUUCAUUUCGAUCGUUUUCUCAACGAAAGAUGGUGAAAAUUGGAGAUAAUGAUUAUGAUUUAGACUUGCCUAGAUUUGUUCCACGGCCUGAUGGACAAUACCUCGGCACAAUGAUCUAUGAUCGAACGAAUGAAAAUGCAACAAAGGAUCAAGCUUCAAACGAUCCUUAUCUAAAAAAGGCUUCGGAUUCGAAUGCAAAAGCGCCUGCUAUGACUUUAGCACCUUCACGUUUUGCAAGAUUUGAUGCGCUUCAUUUGGAAGUUAUGCUGCGUCUUGCAUUUAUCAUUCGAACGGUCACCAUUCGAUUCGUCAGUCCCAGAGCUCAAGGUAGAGGUGUACUGAUAUCUGACGUAGAAAAGGCCACAUCUAGUCUUCAAGCUUGGUGGUCUCAAAGACCAUCGGAUGUCAGAUGGGAACUGCAAUCAGAGCCACUUUCGCGUUCUUUACAUGAAGGAAAGAUUGGCAGUAAUAAUGCGUUGGCUCUUCGUAGCUGCAUAAAGACGCUGUUCUUGGAGUUGUUAUAUCAUGGAAACGUCUUGGGUAUUUGGUCAAGUAUUAAGGAUUAUGAUAUACGAUUUGAAGUGGAUCUCAACGAAGCUGUUCAUCUCUUUGCAGCUCGUUUGGGCUUGGAUGAUAAUAAUGCCAACACUAGCGAAUCUGUGAGAGAAUCGUUGAAAAAAUUGCUGGAUUCGAGCGGUAACGAUGAAGAACGAAAACAGAAAGCAAAAGACGAGAUGGACAUCCUUGCCGUUAGAAGCUUUAAGAGGAUCGCCUUUGUCGCCAAAGAGGCAGCUUUACUGGGAAUCAUACGAGCGAAUCGCGGUGUGAUGUUAAAUGUUUGUACUGCAUAUGCUGUUUGGGGUUGUAAUCUUGCUAAGAAGAUAGCCGAAACUGGACAAAGCUAUGGAUUACAAGUACCGACUGACAGACAUCCAGUAGAAUAUACUUUUGCGAUCGUGAACGAUAUCUUAUUUGCCAUGGCUUCGAUUGAUUCUUACGAAUCAGCUUUUGAAAUCGUUCGUCAAAUCACAGGAUUGUUCAAAAUGAGUCAAGGCGAAGCCAAAGAAACGGCAAAAAUUGACUUUCCCAUGUUCACAGGCCGGAAUGCGGUCUUUGAUCAUUUGCUUGAGCUUCGUCAAGUGGCCGGUAGAGCGGGUACGGAAAGCUCUCAAUACGUACAGACAAAACCAAACUUUCAUCAUUUCUAUCACGAAGAAAGGAAAGAAGACAAUGCAGCAAAAGGCAGCAAUACUCAAAAUACCAACAAGAGCAGCGUCAGCACAGGAAGGGAAUCUACCCUUUCGCCACAACAAUCCAGCAACUUAACCUCGCCCUCUGAUGUCUCACAGAUGGACAUCGAUGAGGUGAUGCAAUUGGCCAGAGCAGCUCUGCCGGAAGGCUAUGAGGGAGAACAAAGGCAGACUUCCUACAAUGCUCAAUUCAUGCCCAUAUCAAGUGGAACCAUGCCCGGCACAUUGCAUAACUCGAACCCCAUAACUUCUCCUCGUCAGCUUUAUGGGCCAAGCUUGGAAUUGGAUCUGAUGUCAAUCACCGGUAUGGACUCAUCAUGGUUGCAGAAUUACCUUCAAAGAGAAGAUGGUAUUACACUCACUCAACCUUCUACACAUAAUCCGUAUACUUCGUACGAUCAAAAUGCAACUCAGUUGUCACCCUCAAAUCUGCAGCAGCAACAAAACUUACCGGUCUCAUCAUACGGGCCAUCAACAUCACAUCAGAUCCCCUCGGUACUUUCGAUGCCUGCCCAACAAAAUUUAAUGCAAUCCAUUCCUCAACAGCACGCACCGACAUCUUUCCAAUCACAAAAUACCGUACAACCAACAAGUUCUGCAUUCGGGUAUGUGCCUGAGAAUGUACAUCAUCCACCGCAUGGCCAUCCUGCCGGGUUAGAAGCUCAAUGGGAACAGCUGAUGGCAAACGCCGGUGAUGCACAAAUUUGGGCAGAAUCACAAUGGCAAGGCUUCUCCUUUGUAGACCCAAAUCAACCCCCUAAGUUUUAAAAGCUUUCCCCUUCCCAUGAUCUAUUAUUCUAUUCUUUUUUCUUCUUUUCUGUAUUCUUACUGUAGCUGUAUUAAUAUGCAAUGUUGUCAG